CGAUGCCAAUCGGAAAAUUUCGAGUUCCAGCUAACAUUAAAACCAUAAAAAAUGGAGACUUCAUAGAGACAAUUUCCACACCAAAAUUAGUUUUAAUGAAAAUAUGCGAUGGGAUGUUCUCAGCCGUCAAUAAAGAUGGGGUCGACAUCCGAAAUUACCAAAUAUGGCCAAUCACAGGCAUAUCAAAUGUAUGCAAUGCCUAUGGGACGAGUGCGGGAAUAUUUCUAACUCAUAAUCGUAUGGCUAGACUCAUCGACAAUUUGCCUCACGUCACGGCAAAAUUUGAGGAGAUUGAAGCCAAGAAAAAAACGACUGAUGUAACAGAGUGGGACAUUUUACUUGGGGGAAACUUUCGUCUCAAUGUCCAUCCUAAAUUUCGAAGAGUCAACAUACGAGGUAAGGUUUUUAAAUGAUUUGUAACUGAUCAUGGAAUGUUAAAAUAAAAAAAAAUAAAAUGAAAAAUUAAAAGAAUCAAAAAGAAAAAUUGAAGUUGUCAAUAUUAUUGUAUCCAUUUAUCAUAUUUUAAAGGUUAUCACAUCAAUAAUUACUCUGACGAUCCGCGAAAACAUUUGCCUGAUCGGUACGGUAUCGUGAUGAUGCGUCAAGUCUUUGAGAUGUUUGUGGACAACCUCAUAAAAUAUGGCCUCGUUCAACCUACCGAACCUCAUUGUAUAAUAACGGGUCAUGCAGAAAAAAGUGA